AUGGCAAGGGUGGUGGAGUUUACCGCCAACUGCACCGACGAGCCCACAGUGAGCCCGACGGCUACCUCGGAAUUGCCAGACUGCACGGAUGAGCCAACGACUACUUCGUCCGACCUACCAGACUGCACCGACGAGCCCACGCCCACGGCGAGCUCCGAGUUGCCGGACUGCACCGACGACCCGACUCCCACCGCGUCAGAGUUGCCCGACUGCACCGACGAGCCGACGCCGACCGCCUCUGAGCUUCCCGACUGCACCGAUGAGCCCACGCCGACUGGGUCCGAGCUGCCAGACUGCACGGAUGAGCCUACGCCGACGACGAAGUCCGAGCUCCCAGACUGCACCGACGACCCUACGCCGACGCAGUCUGAGCUUCCAGACUGCUCUGACGAGCCGACGCCCACCGCAUCGGAGCUGCCAGACUGUACCGAUGACCCGACGCCGACGACGUCGCCCGAGCUGCCGGACUGCACGGAUGACCCGACUCCCACCGCGUCAGAGUUGCCCGACUGCACCGACGAGCCCACGCCGACUGCCUCUGAGCUUCCCGACUGCACCGAUGAGCCCACUCCCACCGCGUCAGAACUCCCCGAUUGCACCGACGAGCCUACCCCCACCGCGUCAGAACUCCCCGAUUGCACCGACGAGCCUACCCCCACCGCGUCAGAACUCCCCGAUUGCACCGACGAGCCUACCCCCACCGCGUCUGAGCUUCCGGACUGCACCGACGAGCCGACUCCCACGUCAGAGCUCCCCGACUGCACCGACGAGCCCACGCCGACGCCGUCGCCAGCAGAGUGCACCGACGACCCGACCCCGACGACCCGUGCGCCCCCAGCGCACUCGUCCGACUGCGAGGCGCCGCCGGACGACUGCGACGAUGACGAGGACGAGGACUGCGACGAAGAGCCCGACUGCGAGGAGGAGCCGCCCGAGUGCUCUGACGGGCCGACCCCCACCUCGGCGCCUCUGCCAGACUGCACCGACGAGCCGCCUCCUGAGUGCACCGAUGAGCCGACGCCUACGACGUCGCUUCCGGACUGCACUGACGAGCCGACUCCCACGUCCGAGCUCCCCGAGUGCACCGAUGAGCCGACCCCGACAACUUCGCUUCCGGACUGCACUGAUGAGCCGACUCCCACCACGUCCGACCUGCCCGAGUGCACCGACGAGCCGCCUCCCGACUGCACCGACGAGCCCACGCCCACUGCCUCUGAGCUUCCCGACUGCACCGACGAGCCCACGCCAACUGCCUCUGAGCUUCCCGACUGCACAGACGAGCCCACGCCCACCGCGUCCGAGCUCCCCGAUUGCACCGACGAGCCUACUCCCACCGCGUCUGAGCUUCCAGACUGCACUGACGAGCCGACGCCCACCGCGUCCGAGCUGCCAGACUGCACCGACGAGCCCACGCCGACGACCUCUCUUCCGGAGUGCACCGACGACCCCACUCCCACCACGACAGAGGAGCCCGACUGCUCGGAUGAGCCCACGCCAACUGCGUCCGAGCUUCCGGACUGCACGGAUGAGCCCACCCCCACGACCAGCUCGGAGCUGCCGGACUGCACCGACGACCCGACCCCCACCACGUCGUCUGAGCUCCCCGACUGCACUGAUGAGCCCACCACGACAUCUUCGGAGCUUCCCGACUGCACCGACGAGCCGACCCCCACGACGUCGUCCGAGCUUCCUGACUGCACUGACGAGCCUACGACUACUUCGUCCGAUCUUCCAGACUGCACCGACGAGCCCACGCCCACGACGAGCUCCGAGUUGCCGGACUGCACCGACGAGCCGACGCCGACUACAUCGUCUGAGCUUCCCGACUGCACUGACGAGCCCACGACUACUUCGUCCGACCUUCCUGAUUGCACCGACGAGCCGACCCCCACGACGUCGUCUGAGCUUCCCGACUGCACGGAUGAGCCCACCACCACCGCCGGCCCGAGCCCUACCACCACCUCUGAUCUCCCGGACUGCACUGACGAGCCCAUGACGACGACGUCUUCUGAGCUCCCAGAUUGCUCCGACGAGCCUACGACCACGGCUGGGCCGACGCCGACCACUACGUCCGACUUGCCAGACUGCAGCGACGAGCCGACUACUACCUCGGCUCCUCCCACUACGACUACCUCGUCGGAGCUCCCUGACUGCAGCGACGAGCCGACCACAGCCGGUCCUACCACGACCUCGGCUCCUCCUACCUCGGCUCCUCCUACCACGACUACUUCCUCGGAGCUUCCCGACUGCAGCGAUGAGCCGACUACCGCUGGUCCCACUACGACUGCUGGCCCCACUACCACCUCGGCGCCUCCCACUACGACUACCUCGUCGGAGCUCCCUGACUGCAGUGACGAGCCCACUACGACGCCGCCCGUUCCCUCGGCCCGUCGUCGUCACCUGCAGAUGCCGCAGCACCCUCUUCUUCGCCGCCCACGACCGCAGACCCCCGAGGCCGUGAAGCCCCCGCCUACCGCCACGCCCGGACCCGAGAACGCCACCAUCGCCGCCAACAACGUCACUGGCAGCGACCCGAACGGGACCUCCGCGCCGCCGGCCGGCUCGGACGAGUCGACUGCUCCUCUUCCCGGCAAGGCAAGCAACUCGACGGCGAACACGGCUGCGCGCAUGAUCCGUCGCCGCUUGAGGCCCCUCGCUCGACGAUGGCUCUAG